UUCCAUGGAAGAUGGCUGCUAUUGAUAUGUAGAUCCCAUCUAUGGGUGAGUUCUGUCCCCUGGGCUGUUGUUUGUAAAGGCAAAGAGAGAAGGCAUUUCUGUGUGAUUCUGACACUGACCAAGGCCCCUGACUCCUCUCUGUUCCCAGGUCCAGCUGCAAGGAGAAUGGAGCCUUGGGUGAUGAGUGCAUUAAUGCUGCCACUGCUGCUGCUCCCGCUGGGCCAGGCUGCUCCCAAGGAGGGAGCCAUCAGGCCAGCCCAUGAAGUACAGCAGCGGCUCCUGCCCAACCCCUUCGAGCCCGGACCAGAGCAGCUUCGGCUUCUGCAGAACUACCUGAGGGGCCUGGAGAAGAUGAAAGGGGAAGAGGAGCCACAGGAUAUGAGCCGGGAGCAGGUUCUCCUCUACCUCUUCGCACUCCAUGACUAUGACCAGAGUGGACAUCUGGACGGCCUGGAGCUCUUGUUCAUGCUGACCGCAGCUCUGGCCCCUAGACUCGCUGACUUUCCCAUCAACCCAGUGAUCCUGGUUGUGGACAGGGUGCUUGAGACCCAGGACCUGAACGGAGAUGGGCUCCUAACCCCCGCUGAGCUCAUCAGCUUCCAGGAGAGGCCCCCCGGGCACCCAGAACUCCCAGAGCCCCGAGUUCUAGCUCUGCAGGAGCCACAAGCUACCGGGAAGCAGGCCCUACCUGCUAAAAGCCCACGGAGACAAGAAACCCACGGAGCCCCGGGCCCCGGGGAAGAAGCUGGGGGCCAGGAAGAGGCCAAUCAACCAGGAACUGAAGGAGAUAGCCCAGUUUCCAGUGUCCCUGAGGUGAGGGGACCGGAAGUGGCGGAAGGCCCAGGUUCUGAAGGGGAGGCGAGAGGACAGGUAGAGGCAGGAGAAGAUGUCCCAGGUCCCAUCCAGGGUGCUGAGGAACAGGCAGAGUCCAAGGACAAUGGAGGGGAAGCCCAUGAGCUUCCGGGGGAAACACUGGAGUCUAAGAACAGCCCACAUGAGUUUGAGGUUCAUAGUAUUCAACUGGAGAAUGAUGAGAUAUAGACCUGGAGGAUACAGGCUCGCACCUCUCCAAGUCUCAGUGUCAGGACACAAGUCUGGGGGGACAAGAGCCACCCCUGAACUGGAUGUGAUGGCCCGGAUCAGUGAUCCCAGCACUCAGAACACGGAAGCAGGAAAGUAGUGUGUUCAAGAUUACAUAGUGAGACCCUGUCUCAAAACCGAAAGAAUAGGAAACAAUUUCUGUGAGCCCUUAGGCCUCAGCAGGAGAUCUGACUUUCUGUGUCGUUCAAGGAAAUCCUAAACUGAGAGACAGCAUUCAGCCUCAGACAACCAAUAAAGAACAAAAUGAA